CUUUCUUUUCUUUUCUUUUCUGUGAAACUGGAAAGCCGAGCCUGCAAAAGUCACUCGCUGCAAUGCCAAUAUUGAUCAGCUGAAGCAAGAAUGGUGAAAGAAACUGAGUACUAUGAUGUCCUCAGCGUCACUCCCUCCGCUUCUGAGGAGGAAAUUCGCAAGGCUUAUUAUCUUAAGGCAAGGCAAGUUCAUCCGGAUAAAAAUCCAAACGAUCCUCAGGCUGCCGAAAGAUUUCAGGUACUUGGUGAAGCUUAUCAGGUUUUGAGUGAUCCGGUGCAAAGAGAUGCAUAUGAUCGAAAUGGAAAGUACUGCAUAUCUAGGGAAACCAUGCUUGAUCCCACAGCUGUCUUCGCUUUCCUUUUCGGAAGUGAAUUAUUUGAGGACUACAUAGGACAUCUAGCAGUAGCAUCAAUGGCUUCUUCUCAAUUAGCUGGUGAAGGUGACAGCCCUGAGAAAGUUCAUGAUAAAUUGAAGGCCGUUCAGAAAGAAAGAGAAGAAAAGCUUGCUAACUCGCUCAAAGGUUUCCUUAACCAAUAUGUUUUAGGUGACAAAGAGGGAUUCUUACAGCAUGCUGAAUCCGAAGCUAAACGACUUUCUGAUGCAGCCUUCGGAGUUGAUAUGCUGCACACUAUUGGCUACGUAUAUUCAAGACAAGCAGCACAAGAGCUUGGAAAGAAAACCAUAUUCCUAGGGGUACCAUUCGUGGCUGAGUGGGUUCGUAAUAAGGGACAUUUCUGGAAGUCACAGAUGACUGCUGCAAAAGGUGCUUUUCAGUUACUGCAACUUCAGGAAGAAACCCGUCGGCAAUUUAAGAAGGAUGGUAGUGGCCCUGAAAAUGACGUUGAAUCACAUAUACGCUUAAACAAAGACACACUUUUGAACUCGCUGUGGAAACUCAAUGUGGUGGACAUCGAAGUAACGCUCUUGCAUGUUUGCCAAAUGGUUUUACGGGAAACUAAUGUUAGAAGGGAGGAACUUAAAGCUCGUGCUCUGGCGUUAAAACAUCUGGGAAGGAUAUUUCAGGAGGAAAAGCAGACGCGAAAUGGUGGAACUUCAAGAAGGAAAAGUUCUGUUGAUACGGAUGAUGACGGAAGUAGUUCAGAUAGCAGUUUUGAAGAGGAUUCACCACGACCGCUAUCACAUAGAACUCCUUUUCUCACUCAGGGUAUUGGCAGACUCUUCAGAUGCCUAUGUAAUCCAGCAUUCGAUGUCGACGAUGAAGAGAUUGUGUACAAAAGCAAGUGAUACAUAACAUCAUAUGGGAAAUGGAGGAUUUUGUAUAUUCAAUUCAAUCAAGAGAAUGGCGCAAGCCAGUGUUGUGUGUCAAUGUAUUUACCCAAUGCCCUCAUAAUAUUGAGGAACAACUCCUUUUUUAGAAAAUAUAAUCCGAGUACAGUGAUAUAUUGUUAAUCCCCAACAUUCAUAUGAAUUUUUUUACUUUGGUUUGC